AUGGUGGCGCAGGACUUGAUCCACUUCAAAGGCGUCAGCUUCCGGUACUUUACUCAGAAACAGGCGACCAAGCUUGGUCUCAAAGGCUGGGUAUCGAACAAGCCAGACGAGUCCGUCCAGGGGGUUGCUGUCGGUUCAAGCGAGAAGCUGGCCGAUUUUCGGAAGCACAUCGAACAGGGUCCAUCAGCUGCCAAAGUAGACAAGGUGGAGCUGCUAAAUCACGAGCAGGGCGUUUCGGACGAGGCGGUGCGGAAGUCGAUAGGGAAUGUUGCUGGCUUUGAGAUACGAUAG